AUGAAGACAGUAAAGGAGUGCACCGUUUUAGUUGCUGUUGAUAAUUACUUCCAAGGAGAGAAAUGUGACGUGGAAUCUCUUAUCGAAAGUUUGGGGACAAUUAUCUGGAAAACUUCGAUGAUGAUGCAGAACAAGGCGAUGUGGGAGUAUACUAUUAGCCUAUCUAAAUGUGAGGAUAUAUGGGUGCUUACUAUUGAGAUCUUAAAGAAAAUAGAACACAAGGAAAUUUCUUUUAGUGAAAAUGACCUUAGAUUGAUAAAAGGUAUCACAUUACUAAUUAGAAAUCUUUCGAUAUCGUAUCGGGAGUCUAAUAGGCAUUCACAUGCUAUAAACAUUUUGCAAAAUGAAUACCUGGUGAAGAUUCUACACAAUAUGUUUUGUUUUAUUGACGUUAAUACAGAAGUAGCACUACAACUCAGAGCUUUGGAUGUCAUGAUUGUAUGUUUCCACUGUUUGUUUAACUGUUAUAAACAAGCAAGAGAUUCUUUAAGUAUUGAAUUACUGACUCAAAGUCUUAAAUGUUUAAUUUCUAAGCUUCAAACGGUGGGAACUUUGUGUGAGUUAAAACAGAUUCUUCCUCAACUUGAGCACUUAUGUAGUUCUUCCGAUACCAAGAAGUUACUACUAAAGGAUAACUGUGAAUUUUUCCUCAACAUUUUUCGUUCAAUUUCAAGAAUUUUGAAUGUAAAUCCACAAAUAGAUAUUCAAAAUUUAAGAGAAAUUAACCCUGAUCACUACCAGGUCUUCCUUACUCUGGCAAAAUCAAUAGUUCAUCUGUUUGAUGAAGGGACGUUAGCUGUGAACAUGUUUAAAUCGGCACAGACAGAUCCAGAAAAAAAUAGUAACAAUCUAUUUACAUUUUUGAUAGUUUUACAAUUUGCAUUUAGCACAGAAGAACAAGAAAAUGAUAUAGAUUACGCUGCUCUUGGCUUGAUGUGUCUUGAGUUUUAUGAAAUAUUCGAGAAGAACUGUAUUGAGUUGUUAGAAAACAGAAAAAUGGAUCAAGAGGAUUGGAAUAAAUUAGCUUGCUAUCAUCGUAUUAUUAUAUCGUUGUUAGAUAUAGUAUCGAACUUACUUCCUUACAAAUUAUUUCUGGAAACAUUAAAGUCGUACAAUUUUGUGGAAAAGAUAGUUUGUUUUUUACAGAUUAUUGAAAAUAAUACGGAGCGUAGAAGACUCAAAGAUCUAGAAUCUCCUAUGGGUGAUAAAAAGGUUUUUGGGAAUGUCAAAACUAUACUAAUUGAGAUUAUCACUUACCUUGUUCACAAUGACAAAGAAUCACAAGACCUGGUUCGUGAAAAUGGUGGUUUAAUUUUAAUAUUAAACAAUUGUAACUUAGAUGUCAAUGAACCAUUCAUACGAGAACGCUGCAUUUUAUGCUUAAAGUAUCUUCUUGAGAAUAAUGCAGAAAAUCAGGCUUUUGUUGCAUCUUUGGAACCCAAGAAGGUAGAGGUAACACAGGAAAACGAAAAAAUCCUAGAAAAAUCUGGGUACGAAGUCGAGAUUGUAGAUGGAAAAGUCAAGCUAAAGAAAACUAAUGACCUCAUAGGGAAGAUCGAAGGGAAUUGA